UUUGCUUAGAGUCAUUGCAGCAAUUACAAAAAACUCAUAAGACAAUAUUAACACAACAAAUUUUGAUUCCUACUGAAAAACAGCAUCCUGAACGCAUGGCUCGAUCUGUGGAGUAUUACGUAAAACGAGUCGUGUUGAAUGUUCUGUAUGCGCAAGGGUCACACGAUGGCGCCCAAACAGACGCACACGUGCCGAUCUACACUAAUAAGGAAAAGUUGAAGGCACUUUGUACCCUUGUGACGUGCGCUUGCGUCCCAUGUGACAGACCGCUGAGGUACGCGUACAGUUACACGGUCCGCCCAGCGUAUAUGAACCCUCCGCUGAGUUUGAACGGAGAACAGUUUUUAGACUACAUCGUUUGAGAUUGCCGCUUGGUCUCGUGAACUAACCGAAGAGUUAAAGGUCUAGUUGGGUCGUAUUAAUAAUCGUACAUUUGCUAUGUACUGACAUUAUUAUGGGCUGGCUAUAGUUCAUCCCUUACGGAUGUUUCAGCCCUGGCUACACUGAAAAUUCAAACCCUGAAUCUUUGCAGGAUCUUUAUAUCAAAGACCCAUAAAGUUUUAUACAGAGAGCAAUAACGAAGACAUUUUCAAUGCAUAUUUAUGUGGGGAUGUACGAGAGUCGCGCGGACUAUAAGUCCCAAAAACAAUGCCAAAAAACCUCGUUCCGGUUUUAUCAAGCAGUGCGGGAUCUGUUACCGGUGUGGGUCCUUGAGGACAUGCGGACGAUGGAGGUGUUUCACUGGGAAGAUGACGGACGGGCGUGCUUGUAUUCCCCAUCGGAGGCUUUUCUCUACGCGCUCGUGCACGACCACCAGCAGUACGCGCGCUACAUCCUCAACAGAUUCUCUGUCCGCGCGCUGGAGAUGCCCAGUAGAAGUUUCUGCUGCUGUCAGGCAUCUACGACACCUCACCUCGCCAUAGCGGUCCGCUACAAUCGCAUUAACAUCCUUAAAAUGAUCAUGGACACCAUCAAAGACUUUAAAGACUGUGAGAGACAGAGUUAUCUCAACCGCCACGGCUGCAUCCACACUGACGGCAGCAAGACCGCGCUGCAUCUCGCGUGUGACCUGGUGCGUCCUGAGUGUUUGAAACUGCUGCUGAGACACGGCGCGUGUCCUUACGCAACGGACCUGACAGGGAACACUCCACUGGACUGUUUACUCAGGCAGAUCGGCCAGAGUGAAUUUGACAUGCAGACGAAGCACAUUUGUCUUGGCUACCUCAUUGUAUUCAUGCCCAAACUUCAUUUCCAGAUGAACGGACAGUUGCAGGACAAUGCAGAUCUUUGGAGGAGUCUCAUAGGAGAGCAGGCGUUUCAGUGGCUCUCCGGAUCUUCCCCUUCUUCACUGUUCGUUCAGGCCAUGCAGAAGCUCAGCCAGUCCAUUUCCAGAGAACAGAUGGACUCACUGCCGGACUGUCUGAAACCCCAAGACUUCAGAUUGGAUCAAGCUUAAAGUGCACAAUAGAUAAUGC